UUUCGUUUACAAUUGACAAACACAGAGUAGCAACCUAUUAAACGGUGGGUUGGAGCAACGGCGUGAACGCUGGCGGAUCACGGCUAGUAACGGGGAGUCAUCUGUUGCACGACCACCUUGAGGUGAUCAGAUCAGAGGUGAUCAGUAUUUGAUUGAAAGGAGCCACUGAACUGUGAUUAAGGCACCAAGCUGCACAUCAUUAUCUGACCAUUUGAAAACAUGGUGCAAAACAAAAUCACGGAGGUCACAGGAUUCCAUCGCUCCUUCAAGGGGCAAAAUCCUUUCAAGACUGAUGAAUUCAUAGAUUCGGAACCCCAUCUUGACUUGUCCUUCAAGUUAGACCGCUCGCCAAGGCCUGACAUGCCAUCUAGCCGGCCCAUCGAUAUCCCUGAUGCCAAGAAGAGAAAUAAGAAGAAAAAAAGAUGCAGAGCCACUGACAGUUUCUCCGGACGUUUUGAAGAUGUUUACAAACUACAAAAUGAGAUUCUUGGAGAAGGGGCUUAUGCUGUUGUUCACACCUGCAUCAAUCUGAUCACCAAUAAAGAAUAUGCAGUAAAGAUAAUUGAGAAGAGACCAGGCCACAGUCGGAACCGUGUUUUCAGGGAGGUGGAAAUGCUCUACCAGUGCCAGGGCCACAGAAACAUUUUGGAAUUGAUGGAAUACUUUGAGGAAGAGGACAAAUUUUAUUUAGUCUUUGAGAAACUGAGAGGUGGUUCUAUCUUGACUCACAUACACAGAAGACAACACUUCAAUGAGCAGGAAGCCAGCAUAGUGGUGCAGGACAUCGCCAGUGCUCUGGACUUCCUACACAACAAAGGGAUGGCACAUCGAGACCUAAAGCCAGAGAACAUCCUCUGUGAACAUUGUGACAGGAUCUCUCCAGUGAAGAUCUGCGAUUUUGAUUUGGGUAGCGGGAUCAAACUGAAUAGUGACAGCUCUCCCAUCUCCACCCCUGAGCUCUUGACUCCAUGUGGCUCAGCUGAAUACAUGGCCCCUGAGGUGGUGGAGGCCUUUAAUGAAGAAGCUAGCAUCUACGACAAGCGCUGUGACUUGUGGAGCCUUGGCGUCAUCCUCUACAUCAUGCUGAGUGGAUACCCGCCCUUUGUGGGUCGCUGUGGAACAGACUGUGGUUGGGACUGGGGAGAGCCCUGCCAAGCCUGCCAGUGCAUGCUGUUUGAGAGUAUUCAGGAAGGCAAGUACGAGUUUCCAGAGAAGGACUGGGCACACAUCUCCCCUGCAGCCAAAGACCUCAUCACCAAGCUGUUGGUGCGGGAUGCCAAAGACCGCCUCAGUGCUGCCCAAGUUCUACACCACCCUUGGGUCAAGGGGUGUGCACCCAACGCUGUGUCUGCAUCUAUAUUACAUCAGAGGGGUGGUAGUGCUCAGGACCUGACGUUCUUUGCGGGGCAGGCCGUAGCCAUGAACCGGCAGCUGGCUGAGAGAGAAGAGAGUGAGGAGCAGCAACAGCUAGAGAAUGAGCUCUCCUCGCCGCUUCUCCUCUCCUCUAGCUCCGGCUCCAUGCUGCUGGCUCUUUCCUCCAGGUCCAAGCUGGCCCACCGCAGGAAGACCGCAGGCAGCCAGCACCGAGGGGCAGUGUGCGCUGCUGAACUGCGCCAGCUCCUCACCCCGCUUGUGACUGUGGGCGACUGUGCCUGAUAUCUACUAUAUUCUCCAGCCUCUGCUCUCCACUGACGACCUCUAUCGGAAUCUUCAGCUAGGCAGUGUGUUGACCUCUGACCUCUUUGCCCACUCACUUUGUGGGCUCUAAGCUCUUGUGAGAAGGUCUCAUGUUUGUAGCACUUUAAAGCACCUCAAAGGCUCCCUGCAAACAUAGUUUUGAUUGGAUAAAAAGCUUGUUGUGGCCAGGAAAAAGACUUGUUGACGUCUGAGAGUCCCAGGAAUCUGUCGAUUAUAACAAUGUUUAUGAAAAACCUUGGGAACCAAAGGACUCAAGUUGCUUCCAUUCAUCUAAAGCUGGACCCCACCUAUGCUAUUUAAUUUCUAAGCAUCAGGAAAAACAUUUCUGCUCUUUGCCUUUGAGCUUACAUGGGACUCCCAGCGGCCGAAACAUUUGAUAUGUACAUAUGCCACUGAGACUUAUUUCUCCUUCAUUCACUCACAAAGUGAUAUUGAUGGCAGACUAAGACUAUGUAACUGUUGCUGGGACUUAAGUGGCAAAUGAUUAUUUCAUUUUAUUCAAGUUAUCCAGGGCAGAAAUUGCAGCCAUGUUGUGUGGGGUUUCCCUAGUCUGAAUUCAUUUACCAAUUUCACUCCACCGUGUUAACACUUAUUUUCUGCCAAAAGCAAAUCUCAUCAAUGUUUUCAUCAGAAACCUCAGGAUCUCUCUCUGAAUGAGAAACCAAAGCAGAUUUUAAAGCAGAAAGACUCAUUCUAUGUCAGUUCAUUGGUGUUCUACGUUUUGUCCUCGCACUGGAAAGUUUUGCCUUUUUCAGGGAGACAGAGCAGUGCAGUGCAACUUUUGUACUUGGCCUCUCAGGAAAACAGGAAUUGGUUGCAUAAUCAUAUUUCCUCCCCCUUUUCAUUUCCUCAUGCUUCCUCCCCCUUUUGACCUGAAAUGCCAUGCCAUGGGGGGUUUAAGGAACAGCCAGCGGUGCAUUUCAAGGUUCUGCAGCGAAUUCUUAGAAAUUCUCUACCAUUUGCAUUUCCAACUCAAUUUUCACCGUUCAUUUAGUUAGUCAUUGAACGAUUCGUGAAUAUGAUCUCUGUCAAUGACUCUAUUCACUGCUUGAAUAAAGGUGAUAAUUCCUUGAAAAGACCUUAAGUUCUCUGUUAGCCUCAAUUUUGUACUUGUAGGCCGAUAUCUAAUGAAAAGGUGAAGCUCCGAUAUGCAAGAAUCCUCCAGACAUACCAAUGUGCCAUGCUGCUAUAUUAUUUUGCCCCGUCCUCUUUUUUUUAUAAAUUUUUAUGUGCGUGCUGGAAAGGGAGAUUUUCAUCUUCCUUUUUUAAAGUGUCUGUUUAUUUGUUUUUAAAAAUUUAAGGAUGUAGAACUUGUAUGUUCUUGAACUUGAAUGUGAGGAUUUCCCCUUUUGUUUUUAAAUUUUUUUUUUUUUUGGUCCUCAGUGACACAGACUCUUGUUACUGUUGUUCCACAAUUUCUUGCUAAGGUGACUGUAGACACUAUAAUGUUUGAUCAAAUUUUUUUCUCAUGUAGUGUCACCAGCAAAUAUGCAGAUCAACCAGGAACAAAACCAAGUGCUCCUACUCUCUCUGAGUGAAGCAAAGACUAUCAUUAUUGCUUUUUUCUAGUUUGCAAGUGUUUUGUUCUUGAAAUGCAUAUACAGUUGAUUCCUCUUUUUUUCUGAUGGAAACCACCUUGGAAUAUGCUGAGUUUAGUCUUUCUUUCUGACAAAGACCUCAUUAUUUUUGUUUUUAUUUUUUACUUUCAAUUGCAUUUUUUUUUUUUUUUUCAUUUUUAAUUUUCAUUUAAUUUUUGAACCCCCUCAUACAUGAAAAUGACUAGUCUACACUUAUUUUAAGGGCCAGUGGUGUAGCUUUCAUGUUUAUCUUGUAUUUUCAUGUGGUUGUACCAUUUUUGUUUCUCAUCUGACCCAGGGGGGCCAAAAUAAAGAACAUGGAAAAUUGUU